AUGGCACCUCUUAAGCCAACCGAAAAUAAAGUAUCCUGUUCCUUAAAUCAAGCCGUAAAAAUUUUGUCAUCAGAAGAAAGUCUUGCAGAAAUCAAACCAAAAACUAUUCCUGAAUUUUUCAAAGAGUGUUGUGAGAAAUUUCAACAUUUGCCAGCCUUGAAAUAUAAAACAUCUGAGCAUAGCAAUGUAGCUGGGCUAAAAGAAGCUACGGAUUCAUGGUGCACUGUUACCUAUGGCGAUUAUCAGACAAAUGUGGAGAAAGCCGCUUUGGCUUUACUUAGCCUUGGCGUUGGGGCACGCACUUCAGUGGGCAUCUUGGCCCCCAAUUGUCCUGAAUGGUUUUAUGUGCAUUUGGGUGCCAUAUGCAUCAAUGCUGUCUCAGUGGGCAUUUAUGCCAGCAAUUCUGCCGAGACAAUUUUCCACAUAUUGGAGACAUCCAAUGCUAGUGCUGUAUUGGUGGAUGAUACUCAUCAAUUGAAUAAAAUUCGUGAAAUAAGAUCCCGUUUGCCCCCUUUGAAAGCUGUAAUACAAUUAAAUGGACCUUUUGAUUUUGAAGAACAGGAUAAGGCUGAGGGCUACUAUCGUUGGUCUGAACUCAUGGAAAUGCCCGUUAGUUCAUCGUUGAGGGAGGAGUUGGCUACGAGGGAACGAGAAGUAGCACCAAAUGAAUGUGCUUUGUUAAUAUUUACGUCCGGUACCGUUGGCAUGCCCAAAGGAGUUAUGAUCUCUCAUGAUGGUGUCCUCUAUUGUGCUCAAUCAGUAACACAGUCUCUGCCCAGCAUUCGUCCUGGCCCUAAGACAGCUGUUUCAUAUCUGCCCCUAAGUCAUAUUGCCGCACAGCUAUUCGAUAUAUUUAUGGCUAUGGAGAAUGGAGUUACUGUCUACUUUGCAGAUCGCAAUGCUCUAAAAGGUAGCAUAGGCCGUACUUUGGUGGCAGCAAGGCCCUCGUUUUUCUUUGGAGUUCCCAGAAUAUUUGAGAAAAUACAGGAAAAGCUUACCCAAGUGGAUGCUGAGACAAAAGGUUUCAUGAAAUGUUGCAUUUCGAAGGCAAGAGAAAUGAUGCUGCAAUACCAUUUGGAUCGCAUGGCAGGCAAACCUACUUCCUAUGUUAAAUAUUGGCUAGCUUCUUGUAUUACAAAUCGCAUUAAAUAUAACAUAGGCUUUAAUCUUCUCGAGAAUUGCUAUAUAGGUGGCGCUCCCGUUUCGCCGGAAUUGAAAUGCUUCUUCCUUAGUCUGGACUUACCCUUAAGCGAUGUCUUUGGCAUGUCUGAGACUAGUGGAGGUGUGAUUUUCAAUUACAGUGGCCCAAAUUUGGAGACAAUUGGAAAGCCCAUAGGAGGACAGGAAGUAAAAAUUCAAGAUCCCAAUGCGAAAGGAGAAGGCGAGGAAGUUAAACAAAUCAAUCAAUUUAAAGACUAA